AUGACUCAGGUCUAUCGGCGACAGUGCGUCCCAAUCUCUAGCCCGCCGUCGCUCAUUCUCCGCCCAUCAGCCGUCCGCCUUGCAAACCCAGUUAAUCACGUCCCACGAAUAACCCCAAUAACCGUCCCAGCAUACCAAUCCGACGAGAGCCUUCCCCUAGGACACGGCCACACAAGAGACGCCUACCCACUCCUCAGCGUCCCCGAGCGACGGCGUAGCCGCCUAACACCAUCCCCAAGCAGCCUACUCGUCGAGCGCAGCCAAGGCGAGACAGAAAGCGGCCGAACAAGCAUCGCCUUACCACCCCGACAUCGUCGCAGCGAACACUCGUCCCCAACAGAUAUGGUAGCCGCAUUCGCAGGCAGCGCCGCAAGGGAGACCGAGAACCUGCGGCCACCCGAGGCCGUUCACCUGACGCAGGAUGGAACUCGUCGCCGCGAUGAUCUCUCCCCACGCCACGCCCAGUCGACAACCUCCCUCCGCUCCCAAUCGCAGAUUGCCUCUGUGCCUUCAAAUACGGGCCAGCCGCCCGCCGAUGUCGCCGAAGAGCUAGCAUGGGGCCCUGCGCACCCCUGUUUCCCCCAUCUCAACCCGCAUGUCCCGAUCGGAUCGCAUGAGCAUACGACAACGCGUGUGAUUCGUAUCCGACGAGACUGGAUGAUCAAGGGUGAUCUGGCGCCGACGUUUUCAAAUCUUUAUCCUGAGAUCCUAGACCCGUUACUUUCUGAGCAGGAAUUCCGGAAAGUGAUUGCCACUGUCAACGAUGGUAUCAUCAAGGCGUUUGAUCCGUUCAGUUUCCGGAAUUUGUUUGACGGUGCGGUUGGCUUGUUGACCGGCUGGGUUUGGGACGAUCUCAAUGCCCCCGGGGCUAAGAGUCAACUGCAGCAUGUUGAGUCUUGGUUGGAGAAGUGGAACCAGGAGGUUGGGGCUAAGGACGGUGUUCAUAUUUGGAGUCUACGUCGGACGGCUUAUAUGUCGCUUGAUAUCCAGAUCCCUGAUCCCAAGGUUGGCAUCGUGCCGAGUGAGGCACCCUCUGCUCCUAAUACCAGGCCGAGUACUGGUAUUGGUGGGGUUUGA